CCCCACCAAGCUACAUGUAAACAAACACAGACUGGGCAUGCGUCACUGAAAUAAUGGAGGACUGUCUUUUCUAUUUCGACUGAUGAUGUCUGUAUUUCUACUCUACUACCUGUGAUCCGACCUAAAAAUACAGCUCAUCUACAUCUCAGCGCGUGCAUGUUUUCUACCGAGCAGAGCUGAGGUCAAAGUGACAGUUUCAAGAUGACCAGCGACACACCGGGCCAAAGUGUAGUCUCCAGGAUAAUGGCAUUUAAUCCCUCCAAAGAGGAGUUCAAAGACUUCAGCCGGUACAUUGCCUAUAUGGAGUCACAAGGAGCACAUAAGGCUGGAAUGGCAAAAGUUAUUCCACCUAAAGGCUGGAAACCUAGAAGAACAUACGAUGAUAUCGAUGACCUGGUGAUUCCUGCUCCCAUUCAGCAGGUGGUGACUGGCCAGUCAGGACUGUUUACCCAGUAUAACAUCCAGAAGAAGCCAAUGACUGUCCAUGAGUUCCGCAAGACCUCAAAUAUGGACAAGUUCUGCAAUCCCCGAUAUGCAGACUUCGAGGAGCUGGAGAGGAAGUUUUGGAGAAACCUGACCUUCAACCCACCCCUUUAUGGAGCUGAUGUCAGUGGAACACUGUAUGACCCAGAUGUAACUGAAUGGAACAUCAGCCAUCUUAACACCAUUCUGGACACUGUGGAGAAUGACAGUGGGGUCAAGAUCAAAGGAGUGAACACACCGUAUCUCUAUUUUGGCAUGUGGAAGAGUGCCUUUGCAUGGCACACAGAGGACAUGGAUCUGUACAGCAUCAACUACCUGCACUUUGGAGAGGCCAAAUCCUGGUAUGUUGUCCCACCAGAGCAUGGGAAAAGACUGGAACGACUUGCAAAGGGUUUCUUUCCAGGGAAUGCUCAGAGCUGUGAAGCCUUCCUGCGUCACAAGAUGACUUUAAUUUCACCCUCAAUCCUGAAAAAAUAUGGCAUACCCUUUGAGAAGGUAACUCAGGAGGCUGGGCAGUUUAUUGUGACGUUCCCAUUUGCCUAUCAUGCUGGUUUCAACCAUGGCUUCAACUGUGCUGAGUCCACAAACUUUGCCACCCAGCGAUGGAUUGAUUACGGAAAACAGGCAACACUGUGUUCGUGCCGUCAGGACAUGGUGAAAAUCUCCAUGGAUGUGUUUGUACGCAAGUUUCAGCCCGACCGUUACAAGUUAUGGAAGGCAGGGAAAGACAACACUCCCAUUGACCAUUCCAAAACCACACCAGAGGCUGCUGAGUUUUUGAAAGAAAACAAGACUGAACCUUCAAAAGAGAGUCCAGCUGAAGCUGAAUCUGAGGAGCCCAUCACUCCUGUCCAGGUGGACAAAAGUCCAAAGCAUCAGCUUGAAACUGCUGAAGAUGUCAAACCAGAGUUGGCUGUGAAGGAGACUGAGGAGGUGGAGCAGAAGAAGGCCAAGCUGUCACGCAAGGAGUCACCAACUAAAGUUGCUGUCAAGCCAGACAAAGACACAGUGAAAGUCAAGCCUAAGAAGGAAAAAGAGUCCAAGCCACAGUCUAAGUCUCAGUCCAAAGCCAGCAACAAGAAAACUUCAAACAGACGAAGCCCUUCAAAAAAAGAGAAAAACGGCCUGCUGGCCGUAGACGUCUGUCCUCCCAAGCCUGCUGAGAGGCAAGUGGUGGCACUGUGUUCCGAGGAGGCAGGCGGCAAUGAGGAGUCUCAGUUGGGCAGCAGCUGCAGCCCGGCACGCAAACUAUUUCAGAGGACGCUGAGCCCGGCAGAUGUCCUACAUGUCCACAGCUAUGCUAAAGGAGAUUACGGAGAGGCAGAAGCCCUGCCCAAGGAGGAGAAGAAGAGUGAGGGUAGUGACAGCGAGACAGAGAAAGACAACAGGCUUGUUGGCAAAGCACAGGUGGUAGAAGAUGCGGCUGGAGAUGGAGAGCAAGACAGUGAUCUGGGACAGCUGCCAGGCCACCAUCCACUCAUAAAGGAUGGCAUGAGUGAUGAAGAGACUCCAGAGGAAGCCCCUCCAGUAGAAGAGGGAGGUCUGGAAGGGGAGAGCUGGGCUAAACCUCUUGCUCACUUGUGGCAGAGCAGACCUCCAAACUUGAAAAAAGAGAGGGACUAUAACCAUCGCGUGGGCUCCAAACCUCCAUACUGCUCCAUCUGCAUGCUAUUUCACACAUACCAGCAGACUGAAUGUGCUAAAAGUAUAGACAGCCCUGUCAUGGGGGUUGGUGGGAGGAUGCGGACCAAACCUUUGAUUCCAGAGAUGUGUUUCACCACCACCACAGAAGAGGACUCUGAGUGUGAAGAGCAGCCCGUCACACCUCAUCUAGAGGAAGAUGGAACCAGCCUGCUCAUCAGCUGCUCUCAGUGCAGCGUCCGUGUCCACACCAGCUGUUAUGGUGUGGAUCCAGCCAGUGUGAACAAGGAGUGGAAAUGUGCACGCUGCAAGGCCAAUGCCAUGACUGAGAAUUGCUGCUUGUGUUCACUGAGAGGUGGGGCCCUGCAAAAAGCCAACAACAACAAGUGGGUUCAUGUGCUGUGUGCAGUAGCUGUGCUCGAGGCACGCUUUGUCAACAUCACUGAUAGAAGUCCUGUGGAUUUAAGUGGAAUCCCUUUGCAGAGAUUUAAAUUGAAAUGUUACUACUGUAAGAAGAGGAUGAAGAAGGCUUCCGGCUGCUGUGUGCAGUGCUCUCAUGGCCGCUGUCCCACUGCCUACCACCCUACCUGUGCACAGGCUGCUGGAGUACUCAUGCAGCCGGAUGAAUGGCCCUUUGUGGUCCAUGUUACUUGCUGUCGACACAAAGGCCCCACUCAGAUUGAGCGCAAUAAAGCAGCAAUGCAUGAGCUGACUGUGGGACAGAAGGUGAUAUGCAAGCACAAGAAUGGCCGCUACUACCAAUGUGAUGUGGUGCAGCUGUCCAAAGAGACUUUCUAUGAAGUCAACUUUGAUGAUGGUUCCUUCAGUGACAAUCUUUUCCCUGAAGACAUUGUGAACCGGGACUGUGCUCAGCUUGGAGCCCCACCCCAGGGUGAAGUGGUUCAGGUGCGAUGGACAGACGGUCUGGUGUACGGUGCUAAAUUUGUGGCAGCUCAUGUCAUCCAAAUGUACCUGGUGGAAUUUGAGGAUGGGUCGCAGCUAACAGCCAAAAGAGAUGAUGUCUACACUCUGGAGGAGGAACUCCCCAAGAGAGUCAAAUCCAGACUGUCUAAAGCGUCAGACAUGAGGUUUGAUGGGAUCUUUGAAGAGAAGGAGAUCAUCCAGGAGUCAAAGAGACAGAGAGUGAUCAACUCACGUUACAGGGGGGACUACAUAGAGCCUGUGAUUUACAGAGCUAUCAUGGAGUAACGGUCACCCCCGGUCUGUUUACCCACACACCACCAGCACUGACAGACUGAACUGUGCUCACUGUACCUUACCUUAGCAGCUAGCCACUGAGAGAGUGUAGCUCCAGAUGACAUCAGGACCCGCUUUGGACUGUUCUCUGUUUUUUACUCAUUCAUCUUUGUUAAUUCAGAGAGAGUUUUCUUUGCUUUGUUUGUUUGACUGCAUUCAAGAAAGCAGCAGUAUUUUUUUACUAUAGCUUUUCCAUAGGACUCCACACAGUGCAGUAGGCUGACGUCCAGCCCAGCAGUAUGUAACCGUAGGAAGCAAUACACAAAUGGCUUUUGUUCAGUAAAGUAGCAUUUUGACUCCAGAGCACCAAUACAAAAGACAAGGCACAUGUUAAAGCUUAAUCUACAGUCAUGUGAGAUUAACUGUUCUUUGCUAACCAUUUCAAUGAAUUUUACUACUUAAGUUUAAAGGAUAAAAUCAACAUCAUUUUAUUUGUUUCUUGCUGUCACCAGUGCCUAUGAUACAGAGCCUGACCCUCAUACCCUCAUAUUCAGAAUUUGUAAAUUACUGACUUGUGCCCUAAAAUGGCUGAAUUAAUUCUGUGUUUUACCAGACAUAUUGCAGUUAUUCCUUUAGAUCCUGUCACCUCUACACUCUUUAGUAAGUCAAUUAUGUGCCCACAUUAAUUGGACAGUAUAUAUAACUAAAAUCUGUACUGGAACUAUCCAAAAUGUUUAAGGUUGUCACUAAAGAUUAUUGUCUCAGUUCACUGACAAUCUGUAAUGUCAGAAAUGACACUUUCUGAGACAUGCAAAGUAUGUCUGGGAAACAUACAAAGUAUUUUUUGACCAUUCUGAUAUUAUUCCGUUUAGAAUCCUAUAUUGUAGACACAGGAACCAAUACAAAUUUGGUAUAAAGCAUUUGUUAAUAUUUGGUAUGUUGAUUUUCUGCCGAUAGACUAAUCAAUUAUGCCUCUAAUCAUUUCAGCUCUAAAAAUGUUGCUUCAAUAAAUGUCAGGUUUCAUAUUCUGAGAAGGCUGUACUGGAGUUCAGCCAUCAUGAUGUGAUUUAACACCCUUUGUUCAGAAAUAAGCCCCAUAUGAACAGAAUAUAGAGUGUAAUUCUUAAGGCCUUAAAACUAGAACAGGGACAUAACAUUACAGACUAAUGUAGGACCUCUUCACUACUUUGCAAAUUCCCCAAACCUUCAGGAACAUUGUGAACCUCUGGCUUCAGGGCUGUUAUCUGCUUUGCACAGUUGACAGUUAGGCCUUGCUGACUGGCACAGCCAAAUUUGACAUGACCUGAGACCCUGAUCCAUAUUUUUGCUUAAUGUCAUUCAUUACUGUUGGAUGUCAGGCUAAACUGGCUCCAUCCUGUCUCUGUUGCACUUCCCAGUGGGCAUGUUGUGUCAACUUUGUGUGGACUUUACACUGUCAGAAAAAGACAUUUCUCCAUAGCUUACAUUUGAAAUUAACCAAACCCAACAAAAGCUCCAUAUGUUAACAUACAAUAAUGAAAAAGUCCACGAGCCAACCAACAGGUGAUGGCUAGGUCACGUAGCAAGGCUCUAGACCAGACCUAUUAAUGAUCCAGUCCUCAGCUCCAAGUGCUUAGACUCUUUAAAGGCAGAAUUCAGAAAACAAAACUGCACUACUAUUUAUUCUUUAAUUAAAGGAAUACUUCACCCAAAAGUUUGUUUUGUUGGCUAAUAGUCUCUGAUGGCUGGAAUGAUGGACACAACAUUUGUACCUGUGACCCUUAGUGAAAAACAAACAUGACAGCCAUUUCUUCAAACAAAUGUUAUGAAGUCAAUUAUUUUUAACGCCACACACACAGUUGUUAAGACUCUCAUUAACAUAAUACAUCCCCAACCCUUGCCCUAACUUUAACUAUCACUUGCUUAACUAAAUACCUAACCUAAUUCUAACCUUUACCACGUCUUAACCGUUAAACAGCCCUUUGAAUUUGUGAGGACCAGCUAAAAUUUCCUCACAAUGAUGACGAUGAAAAAAAUGUUCACAUAAUGUAAUAAAGAGAUGUAACACACACACACAUCACCUCAUAGUACUUGGUAGUGCAGGUACUGUACAAUACCCGAGUUUCUGUACUGAUAUCACAUUAGUGCUUGUUUUAUUUAUCCUCAAACCCCCAAGAUUUGUACCCUUUUUUAUGAAACAAAGAAGGCAACAUUUUUAAAUGUUUUCUAAACCCAAGCAGUAAGUACAAGAACACUACCUAAAUGACAUAAUCUCAGAUUAGCAACAUUUACUUGCUAUCAGGUACAGUCUCAUUAGUGAGUGAAGGUACUACCCAUGCCAUGGACACAGGUUUUGUUGAUACCCAAAGAGGGACUUGUUUGAUAAAGACUGGUUAAGCACAGGGUUCAUCCAUGACCUUAGUAACAGUUGUGUGAUAAUCUUACUUCAUAUGUCCACUUCAUAGCUUUUCUUUGGACUUUCAAUUGACAAAUCUAAUUUACUUUGUAAUAAUAAAUUCAUUCAGGUUUUGGACAUAGUGAACACAUGCAUGGAAGAAUACAGCAAAAUUGUCAUGAGCACCUUUUAGAAGGUCUUUGUUUUAAAUAUUGCUUUGCUGUUGGUGAAAGAACUUCCCUAUAAUUUCAGUAUACUGAGAAACUGCUCACACUAUAAAUAUUUCCCCCAGUGCUCCACACACUGCAUGGCUGUAACAAAUGGCAACAAAGACUAUAGCAUAUGGAUGAAGUAUUUCUUUAAGUGGGAGCGAUGCCAGUUUGUCCACUGACUAUGCCUCCUCUAUAACUGUAACUGUUCACUGCAUUUCUUUACACUUAAUUUAGUCAAACUGAAUCUAACUUUCACAUGUUGACUUGUUUUUACCAGCCUGUGUAUUAAGGUGCUUUAGGAAAGUAACGUCUGCAUUUCAGACAGCACUCUGCAGUAGUUCUGCCGAGCUUGGAGUUGAUGAUGUAUGUUCUAUUUUUUCUACAGUAUAUAGAUGAAUUUUUAAAAAAUCUGUUCAGAUUUCUAUCAUGCUUUAUCUACCCAGUCGUUUCCCUACUCUUCUACUGAAAGUUGUGCAUUGCACUUUUAUUUAAGUCCCGUGUGUGAGAACAUUUCAAUAGCUGUGUUGCCAUUGCUAGUUUAUUAAAAAUCUGUUUUAAAAUGUUAAUUGUACAUUUAUAUAAUGUCUUAUGGAUUGUGCAGCUCUCCCUCUUGGCCAAGUUCACUGAUCACAUUGCACUUGUCACUGGGGCAUGGUGGCCUUCAGAUGUGUUCCUUCGCCUAUGAACUUGUUCUUCUUGUUGUGUAAGACCUCAGACAGGAGCACUAGUUUUCUAGUUAGUCAUUGCCAGUUCAAAUGUCCUGCUUUCAUCAGUCCAGUGGAGAAGGACUUUAUUUUAUUCAUAGAGUAUCCAUAGAGAUGUACAUGGGGGGAUUUUCUACUCUUUUAUUGCAUUUUGUAAAACAUAUUCUAUGUGUAUUUUCACAGAAACCUGUGGUGUAAAUGUCAUGUAGUCUAUUUUAAGAUGUUACCUGUUGACAGAGGUGAGCUGUCUCCUUCUGAUGAGAAAUAACAGAACUUCAAGAAUAUCAUUUAAGCAUUCUGUAAAAUU